AUGUCCGCAAUCGCACCUCCCCCCGCAUGUCCGACACUGGCAGACUUGCCCCUCGAACAACUCAGCCUCUAUCAUGUCGUCGACUCAUGUUUAGCAUCUAUCUUCGUGUUCUAUGGCGCCGUCUCCACAGCCAAUGCCACUGUGAGCAGCUCGCGCAUACAAGCUCAUAUAUUCACACCUGCUGGUUUCCACAGCUACCCUCGAAUUACGGUGUCCCCGGCAGCCCCCGUGUAUGCAGCAGUCAACCAUCUACCCCGCGAAAAACAAGGUGAUGAGGUGUGUCGCGGAUUGGCAGUCAGCAUGCUGAGGUACUUUGCCGAGUUGUCUGAUCCGGUCAAGCGCCACCUGAACGGGGUGGCUCGAACUGGGAGACCAGGAGGAAGGGUCCCCAAGAUGUUUGAUGAGAUGCAUGCCGCGGAUCUCGCCAACCGUAUGAUCAAGGUGGAUGACCCAUCCGAAAUCAUUUAUGAUCUUCGCAGCGCAUACCAGGAACGCAAGGUGCCAUGGAUCGACAUCGAUGUGGUGCUUCCCGCGGGUACCAUAAACGCAUCAACCCGACGUGAAAGCGCGGGAUCAGACAUCGACGAGAGCCAGAAUCCCCAGUACGGUCCCUAUACACCUCUCAUAGAGGCUCUGGGUGAUCCUAUGUUCUUGCCAACCUCUCGACUGAAGCGUGCGCCCUCUCAACCGACCAAUGUCAGCAAAUCGCGACUAUUUGCACGAAGUCAGAAAGAAGCUCUUCGUCUCACGAUGUGUGAGCUGGUUGACACUGAGGAGAGAUAUGUUGCGAAGCUGUAUUCUCUGGUCCAUGAAGUGGCGGAAGAGUUUCGACAGAAGGCCUUGGCCAAAGGUCCCUCGAGUAACAGCCCCGACGAAGCAGCUUUGGCGGCCUUGUUUCCACCAUGCUUGAAUGAGAUCCUGGAACUCAACCUCGGAUUCCUCGAUGAUAUUCGACAAGUGCUCGAUGAAACCGAAAAAGACGCCAUUGCAGAUAUUGGUCAGGACACGGAACUCCCUUCCCUUCGUCGAGGUGUGCCCAGAGAUCGAACGGAUCCACUCGGAGCACUGGCAUUUGCGAAGGCCCUCUAUCAAUGGCUACCCCAAUUUUCACAACCAUACGGGGACUACAUGCGAGCACACACAGGCUUUACCCAGACUCUGAAUUUGUUCAUGCGUGAUAAGAGCUCCAGCUUUUCGAAGAGAGUUUACGAGACCGGAGAGCAAAGACUGCGCUCUUUGCUGAUGGAACCCGUUCAGCGACUUCCUCGAUACAGUCUUCUGAUCGACACCAUGACUAGUAACCUGCCGUUGGUUCAUCCUGCUGUGCGAAUCUUGUUGAAAGCACGAGACAUCGUUAAGGAUAUCUGUGCGCUGGAGAACAAUUCACCGACAAGCCACGCUCAGAGCCUCCAACGCCUGAAGGAGCUUGUCAACGGAUGGCCCGCCAAACCCCUACCGGAAGGUCGGCUGAUCACGGCGGUCGACUUCAACGAGAUCACCUCUCCCUACCAUCUGAACACACGGUCGGCUAGUCAUAGUGGGGGAAUUAUGCUUCUUUAUAGGAACUGCUUGGUUCUGUUGGCGAAACCGGCCGAAAGCCGGACCACGGCCCGUGGUGUGCUGGCUGAUAUCGACAACGCGGCAUCACCAACCAGUGAUAUGUCCAUGUCUCUACCUCAAUCAGAGCUCCAAGUUGUGAAGGUGCUGGACUUCCACAAUGUGCGUUGUAUGCAAUCUUCAUGCGGCCGGGUUCUGUUUAUUGUGCCAACUUCAGUCAAGUCCACAACGGCUGAAAUUAACGUUGGAGUGGAUCUGCUUGCGUUGGAAUUGGCUACAACCUAUGAAGGGAGGGCCAGUCGAUUGAUCGAAGAAAUUUCCAAAGCGAGGAUUGAAGGUCGGUUUCCGGAAAGCGAAAGAGAGGGAGCCAAAUGGACAUUACGAAGUCCUCCCACCGGCGCUGCGAGCAGUGUGGGAAUACUGGCUUGUGUAUGUGAGGACGGCGAGACUGCCGCGCUCAGCCAGGGUCAUUCAUCCCCAAUCCGCGUCGUUUUUGAUACGCCCAAGGUGACAUGUGGGCAGAUAUUGAAAAGUUCCAAUCUUGAGGUCAUCAUAUCAAUAUCACCCCCAACCGGAGACCAAUACAGAUUAGAAAUUGAUUCCGUGGUUGGAUCUGGAUCUACAGACUUGAUUACGGUGGAUUCCUUCAUUCCCACACUUUCGAGACGCCUUCAAUACUUGCUCUCGCCUCUGCAAAGCCCCCGAAACCCAGCAUUGACUAAUACGCUGGUUCAUUCCAAUUUCGAAACUCUCCGAUAUAUUGCCAGCAGUCUCGUGACGCAGGUCAAGUCUUCACGAGGCUUCCGGCCACCCUCGCCAACCAAACUGAUCUCAAAUCUGUUAGGAGGCAGUCGUGAUAAUGUCCCCACUCUCAGAGGGCCAGGCUCGGCCACACUAGCUGGCGAAUUUCCCAAAAUGCUUCCGACAAGAGGCACUUUGUCAAGGUCGAAUACUUUGCCGUCAGCGUUUCCCGGGAAGGACAAAGAUAAGGACAGGGAGAAGGAGAAAGACAGAGACAAAGAGGAAACUGGAAAUAAGAUAUCGGUUGUUGGGGCAUCAGCCUCCAAAGGACCUGACACCCAAUUUGGAUUGCUGGAACAAACGUUUGCAGCGUAUGUGCUCUCUCUGCAGUCUCGAAGUGGGAAUAUCCUGGGCCGAAUGCUUCGGGUUAGGGACCAUGUUGAUCGGGCGCCUGUCAAUGAGCUCUACAACAUUUUGCUGGAAGAUCCAAGCAGGAUUCAGGCUGCGGCUGAAGUACCUGUUGAUACGCUCUUUGUCGCGUUUGAGACGUUUUUGACAAACGCUUGGAGACGAAGCAUGGGACCCAUCUUGAGCUCUUCUUCUCUGAAGUGGAUCCAGAGCCAAUUUGACACCAUGUUCCCACGAGAUUUUGAUGAGCAGUUCCGGAAGUUUCUCAUAGACAUGAGCCCGCAGAAUAGACGAGCGCUAGCCGCGAUCAUUCGACUACUUGCGGAGCUGCUUGAUGCAUCUGGCAACGAUGGGGACCGCGGUGCUUUGACGAUGGCAUUUGCCGAGGUGCUCACGGAAGACGGAGAUCCCAGCCAUCACGUCUCUCUUUUAGAUCGACUGGUUGAAGACUUCGAUAGCCUCUUUGAAGAGUUCGUUCCCGGCGGCAGCUCCGUGGAAGGAACACUGACCGGUGAUACCAAGAAGUCUCACGCCAGCGCUGGGUCGGUCGGUUCUAAUUCUUCCUCUUUCCGAAAGCGCUUUGGCUUUGGUAUGCACAAGGAUUCCUCGAGAAACGAAGGGGAAGGCAAAGUCGCAGCAAUUCUCCGGACCCUGAGCAAAAAGCAAAGUCCAGCCGGCUCGGAGCCCAACACGCCCAAGGGCAGUUUGAUUCGUUCGAAAUCCACCGACGUGGACCCUCGCUUGGGAUUCCUUCGUCCUACGUCCCGCGAGCGACCUAUAUCCCGUGAUCGGCCGUAUGGAUUUGCAUCCGAGGAGCAAAUCUCACGGCCCGGCACCGGCUACGACAAGCCGCCUUCUCUGUCCUCCUUCAGAGGAUUCUCCGAGGAUAGUCUACCAAGGAUACGCAGAAAACGGAGGAGCUCUCUUUCUGACUUACGACCAACUACAGCAUCCUCGGAUGCCUCCAGUAUCUCUCCAAAACAACAGCUCCGGCCAACUACCCCCUCCAGCCGCCCUCGCGGCGAGGUGGUAACGCCAACCAAACAAACCAGGCCCCAGAGCAGUUACAUACCAACGUCGCCUAUGCGUGCGCAAUCGCCACUACGUGGUAAAUCACCAAUGCGCUCCAAGCCACCAGCCAGCACCGGUUCACCCACCCGACUGGGUUCACCCAUCCGGCGUCUGUCUCCACCCCGCCCUUCUACCCCGAGUAGAAAAGAGAACGUUGAUCCGAGGACGGCACAUACGGACCGUACAACCAAGUUCAGGCGUGAUGCAUCGGUAUCGCCAGCCGACGAGUCACGAAGACGAUCUAACGCCUCGAGCAUUCCCCAACGAACUCUGGGCCUUCGAGAGCGGCCAACCACCAAUGUUUCCGAUAUCAAGCGGCCACAAUCUGCGUCUUCCUCGAAACCACAGAAACCGCGGAUGCAAAGCCCGCAGAAGUUGCGCGAUCGCGUUCAAUUGGAAAAGAAGACCCAAGUUUCUGAUCAACGGGGCCUCAAAGACGAGCUUGCGGCGCUUGGUCAUGAAUUACGCUCUUUGAAACUCACACCACCAAGGCAGUCCAACCCAAUGAACCUCGAUUUUGAUUUCGACCGCGCGGACACUAGUCCAGCUUCUGCCACAGCCUCAUCCCUUGAAGCUCGCAUGCGCAAUCUGGAAGCUCGAUUUGAGGCCCUUACCGGGGAAUAUAGUGAACGCACGUCCGCUAUCGAAAGAGACUUGGAAUCGUCCUUGGUUCUCAGCGAGAAGCGCGUGAAGAAGUUGGACGAGCUUUAUCGCGAGGCGAGCGCCGAGAAUGAGGCUCUCUACGAUCGGUUCAAUACCGAGCUCAGUAAAAUCGCAAAAGAUGUCCGAUCGGGACAUGCCGAAGACGCCUUGAAGUCGCAACUGGCGAGUGCCCUGGAUGAGAUCGGCCGAGUCAAGAAAGAGAAUUUCCGCCUGAAACGAGAAGUCGGAGGCCUCCGAGCCCAGUCAGCUGCCGUUGCACUGCUCAAGGCGAGCGAGCAACCACAAAAGCUACAACAUUAA